UCGGUGGGGAACGACAGGCGGGUCCUCCGGGGUCUUCACAUUUAUAUUCAUCCCCGGCUUCUCUCUUUUGUCUUUCUCAAUCUUUGGUUUCUCUGUACCUAUUGCACAUAUAACCGGCACAAUGUCUGACCAGCCUACUAUUCGUCUUGCGACUCCUGAGGAUGUCCCGAUCAUCCACCAGUUCAUCUGCGAGCUCGCUGAUUAUGAAAAAGCCCUGCACGAAGUAGAGGCCACUCACGAGUCUCUCCUUGAAACGUUGUCUUUCCCCGACAGCCCGCCCAAGCGUGGCUCCGUGUACACCGCGCUCAUUACCCCUCCUGCGACGGCCGAGAACCCCACACCCAAACCUGUCGGCAUGGCGCUCUUCUUCUACAACUACUCUACGUGGCGCGCAGCUCCGGGAAUCUAUCUCGAGGAUCUUUAUGUUCAGCCUAGUGCCCGAGGCAAUGGCUACGGCUUCAAGUUGCUCAAGUAUCUUGCCGCCAAGGUAUUGGAGAUCAAGGGCAGACGUCUUGAGUGGAGUGUCCUGAAGUGGAAUGAGCCUAGCAUCAAGUUCUAUGAACAGGUUGGGGCUAAAGCCAUGGAUGAGUGGACGAAGAUGAUGAUGGAGGGCCCGGCUUUGAACAAGUUGGCGGAGGGAUUGUGAGUGAUUUGAGUCUGCUUGACCAUGAGUGAGGAAGUGAAGGGAUUAUCCGCGUUCACCCGAUCGCAAAUAGACUGCAUGAUUCUAGAAUAUAAUGUCUUGGCUGUGGCUUUCGAGCAUCACAUGAAAAUGAUUGACCUCUUGGUCUACUUUAUAUGGAGGGGUGUUGGCAGAUCAGCAGCAGGGAUGAUUCUCACCGCCCGGAAUACAUUGCAACAGAAGGCGGUGAAGGAAAACCAACAUAACCAGUCUGGAAAAGGACUUUGGUGCAUAAGCUAUCAUCAUCAUCAUCAUCAUCAACCCCUUAAAAGGAAUUUGAUAACGACUACGGC